AUGGCUACUUUCCGAAGCCAGCUCCGGCGGCGAAAUGCGCUCUUUGCCUUAGGGCUCGUGGCCAUCUUCAUCUGGACCUUCGCCUCGUUCUGGUCCCCCACUCCCAGCACCUCCUCCAGCCAUGAGGAGUUCUGGAGGGACUUCCACCCUCUCUUGACGGCCUCGGCGCCCAGUGCCAAAUCUCCAGUCCGACUGAGAAAUGCCGAGUCGGUUGGCUUCGAUCCAAAAAACACCGAUCCCCUCCCCGAUCUGCUGAAGCUCUCGCCGGAGGACGUAUCAGACUUGAAGCUCGCCCAUGGCAAUUUCCUCGCCUCGAUCAAACAAAGCCCCCCGAGUCUUCACUACCAACCUCACACCCGCGGCCUCGUUUCCACCGCCGGAGGCUCCUACCUGCCUGUCCUCGUCAUGUCCCUCCGAAUGCUCCGCCGCACGGGCUCGACCCUCCCGAUGGAAGUCUUCCUCGCCAGCUGGGACGAAUACGAAGGAUAUCUAUGUCAGAUCGUGCUUCCCUCCUUAAACGCGCAGUGCAUCGUGCUGUCCGAGAUCCUCGACGCCGUCAGCGACAGCAAGACCAAGAUCGAGAAAUACCAAUACAAGGUGUUCGCGAUGCUCUUCUCCUCCUUCGAAGAGAUCCUCUUCCUCGACGCCGACGCAUUCCCCCUCCAGAACCCCGAGAUAUUGUUCACCUCCGACCCCUUCCUCUCCAAAGGCCUCAUCACCUGGCCCGACUUCUGGCGACCCACCACCUCCCCCCUCUACUACGACAUCUCCCAACACCAACCCCCCAACCCAGCCACCAUCCGCCAAUCCACCGAGUCCGGCGAGCUCCUCCUCUCGAAGCGCACCCACACCCUCACCCUCCUGCUUGCAACCUACUACAACUUCUACGGCCCAAGCCACUACUACCCGCUCCUCUCGCAAGGCGCCGCCGGCGAAGGCGACAAAGAAACCUUCCUCGCCGCCGCAACCACCCUCCACCAGCCCUUCUACCAGGUCAGCGAGCCCAUCCGCGCCGUCGGCCGCGGCACGCCCGACGGGUUCGCCGGUUCAACUAUGGUCCAGUACGAUCCGAUCGAAGACUACCUGCUCACCACCAAGGGCGAGUGGCGCAUCAAGGGUGACCCUGCGCCUGCUCCGCGUCCGUUCUUCGUGCACGUCAACUUCCCCAAGUUCAACCCCGCGACCGUGUUUACGGAGGGGCCGCCGAAUCCUGUCGUCGACGAACGGGGGAAGUAUACCCGCGCGUGGACGUCGCCGGAUGAUGUCGUCGCGGCGUUUGGGGGGCUGGAGACGGAGAAGGGUUAUUGGACGGAGAUAUUGUGGACAGCGUGCGCGUUGGAGGGGAGGAUUACUAGUUGGAGGGGCAGGGAGGAUGUUUGUGAGAAGACGUCGGAUUAUUGGGAUACCAUUUUUGGGGAUGGGGAGGGGGAGGAUCAUGGACAUGGGUGAUGGUAGUGGAGUUGGUUGGGCCUUGGCUCUCUUGCACAGGCUGCAGGACAGGACUCUUGAGAUGACGUGACGAUAUGUACUUUGCUUUCCUUUUGUUUUCUCUUGUGCAUAAAACGUGGACAUAAUGGGGACUAGAUGGGUAGAUUUCUAGAACUGGAUGUAUGUACAGGUAAGAUAUAUCUCUGCCUUAGGACCAUCUCCCUGAAUUAGCUAACGUGAAUACCAU